UUGAGAUGUUGUUCAAAGGUAGGGAGUUGUCGGGGGGUCGUGAUGGUUGAGGGUUGGCUGAAUGAUCAGCAGGAUGGUUCCCCGCGUGCGGUGGUUGUCGGUGAAGUGGUCUCUGAAAGUGGGCGCAAAAAGUGAUGCUCUCGCAAGGCGCUUCGCGAUAACGAUUGCAAUCGCGAUGUCAAAGUCAACGGGUGUGGGUACGCGUUCCUGGCGCCAGAACCCGUGCGGCGCCGUGGGGGAAGGUGCUCAAAUUGACAGUUGUGAGUGGUUGGACGGCUGUCAAAAAGGACGCUAUGACGCUUCAGUGGGUUCAAACGGACAUCGACGUCAGGUGGGGGUGGGACGAGAGAGAGACGCUGAGGGACUAACUACCCCGCCAUCGGCCUUCCCAACAAGUUCCUUUUGCGCUGAACCAAGCUUGGAAGCUCUUUUUUUUUCUUUUGGCUGAAAAGAUCCUGAUCAUCUGAGGUUUUUAUCCCGCAUCUUCCAGGUUGUCAAUUUAAAUCCUACAAUUCCUCAAGAGUUCGUGGUGUCAUUGAGCCGCCCUCCAGUUAAACCCGAACCCUACACCUACGAAGAACCCACCUAGCUACAAAGCUUCCAAUAAGUAAACAUGGCUCCCGAUCACAAGGCUUGCCUGAUCGUGAUUGACGGCUGGGGUAUCCCCUCGGAGGAGUCUCCCAAGAAUGGCGAUGCUAUUGCUGCCGCCGAAACCCCCGUCAUGGACGAGUUCUCCAGGAGCGCCACCGGAUUCACCGAGCUCGAUGCCUCCUCCCUCGCUGUCGGCCUCCCUGAGGGGCUGAUGGGCAACUCCGAAGUUGGCCAUCUCAACAUUGGUGCCGGCCGUGUCGUCUGGCAGGAUGUCGUCCGCAUCGACCAAACGAUCAAGCAGGGCAAGCUCGCCGAGAACGAUGUGAUCAAGAAGGUUAUGGAGGCGGCCAAGAACAGCAAUGGCCGUCUUCACUUGUGCGGUUUGGUCUCGCAUGGUGGUGUGCACGCCAAGCAAACCCAUCUUUAUGCUCUCCUCGAGGCUGCCAAGCAGUAUGGCAUCCCCAAGGUCUACAUCCACUUCUUUGGUGAUGGCCGUGACACCGACCCCAAGUCCGGUGCCGGUUACCUGGAGGAACUGCUCGCCAAGAUCAAGGAGCUUGGUAUUGGUGAGAUUGCCACCAUUGUCGGCAGAUAUUAUGCCAUGGACCGUGACAAGAGAUGGGAACGUGUCGAGAUCGCUCUCAAGGGCCUUGUCCUCGGCGAAGGCGAGGAGAGCACCGACCCGGUCAAGACCAUCAAGGAGCGUUAUGACAAGGGCGAGAACGACGAGUUUCUCAAACCCAUCAUUGUUGGUGGCCAGGAGUCUCGCAUCCAGGAUGGUGAUAACGUCUUCUUCUUCAACUACCGUUCCGAUCGUGUCCGCCAAAUCACGCAGGUUUUGGGCGACGUCGACCGGUCAGUCCUCCCGGAUUUCCCCUACCCCAAGAUCAACUUGGUCACCAUGACCCAGUACAAGGUCGACUACCCCUUCGAGGUUGCUUUCAAGCCCCAGCACAUGGGCAAUGUGCUUGCUGAAUGGUUGGGCAAGCAGGGCGUCAAGCAGGUUCACGUUGCCGAGACGGAGAAGUAUGCCCACGUCACCUUCUUUUUCAACGGUGGUGUUGAGAAGGUGUUCCCUCUCGAGGUCCGUGACGAGAGCCAGGAUCUUGUGCCCUCCAACAAGAGCGUCGCCACUUACGACAAGGCUCCCGAGAUGAGCGCCGACGGUGUCGCCGAGCAGGUUGUCAAGCGUCUUGGUGAGGGCGAGUUCCCCUUCGUCAUGAACAACUUUGCUCCUCCCGACAUGGUUGGUCACACUGGUGUGUACGAGGCUGCCAUCGUUGGCUGCGCGGCCACGGACAAGGCCAUUGGCAAGAUCUAUGAGGGAUGCAAGAAGAACGGCUACAUUCUCUUCAUCACGUCCGACCACGGCAACGCCGAGGAGAUGAAGUUCCCCGACGGCAAGCCCAAGACGUCUCACACCACCAACAAGGUGCCCUUCAUCAUGGCCAACGCCCCCGAGGGCUGGAGUCUGAAGAAGGAGGAGGGUGUCCUCGGCGAUGUUGCCCCUACUGUGCUUGCCGCCAUGGGCCUGCCAAUUCCCGAGGAGAUGACUGGCCGCAGCUUGUUGGUCAGGAAUUGAGUGGGCGUAAGCAUAGGUGUUUGGGUUUCGGUAAGCAUGGAAAAGGGGAGCAAGCAAUAGCGAUAGACACGAUAGAAUUACAGGAACGACCGUUAUGAGCACUUGGGCUUUUCGAAUGCAUUGUGUGCCAUGUUCUCGGACGCGUCGUUCAUUGUUAUGCAGCCUACCAUUCUCGCCCGAUUCAUCCGUUCGAGCUGCAGCAGGAGAUUAGUUGCCACGCCCCUGUCUUCCACUGACUCGACACAAGGGUAUCCAACAGUUCAACAUUGAUGCUUCACGUCAAAACCAUCUGGGAGGGUCGUUGUCCUCAUCAUUCGAGCACAUCACAGAUACAAUCUAUUGUAUUUUCUCCCUUGCUUCCCCAGAAACAUGCUCUCGACGAUCCCGUCUCACCUUCCCCAGCCGCCACCGCCAUCACACAUCUGGCCGAAAAAAAAAAAAAACCUGGGGAACAUAUGGUUCAAAAGCGGGUCUCUCAUUUCUGCCAAAAGGAAAGCGUCACGAUAUCAUCAACAUCAACCAUCACCACUUACACGGCAUAUAUGUAAAAGAUGGGUCCCGCUAUCAGCUAGCACUGCAACAGCACCGAGCACGCUAAGCACACAACACACAAGGAGCGGCCCCAUUAUCUGGUGGAGACAUUCCGGCUUGUUGUUGACAGUGCCGCCCUCCGUAUGUCCGGCCGCAAGCUCCGUACCCCGUAGCCCGUUCGCUGCCCGUGAUCCUUAUCCCGUGCCCGUCGUCGGCGAGACGGUUCGUGAUGAUGGUGCUCCCGGUGCUCACCUACCCCCAGUGUAUGCAUCAGGGUACCGGGACUCCCCAUCGGUCACACUCUUCUCAUUCACCUCGAGUGAGGGCUGGCAAGGGAGAGCACUGCCCAAUGGCCAGGUCAAUUGAUAUGUUUUCUACGUGGCUCCCCCGUUUCAUGUUCCCUUUGGUGUGCUGGAAUUGUGAGUGCACAAUGCAUGUUGUUCGUGUUGGGCAAUUGAACAUACCCCGCCUUCAGCCCCUGUUUACCCGCUGGCCAAGACACGAGGGAUUAUCAAUAUCAUAUCAUCUCAUCAAGUGCUGAGAGAUAUCAAAACUGAUGGCAUUCGCAAACACAGCACAGACAGAGCCACGAGUCACUCUCAACAAGUCUGACAAGUGUAUUCUCUCGCUGGAAAAGAAGUGGUGAUGCUGAAACGGCAGAGACAAAAUGAAAUAUUUUUGUGGUGUCCCCAGAGAACUGGGAGAAUCGCGGUUGAGUAUUUUACAGGUGCCGGCAAAAGCCGACAUCGACGGUCAGAUCGUCCUCGAAAGUCUUCCCCGAUCUAGGUCUAAUAUGGGCCCCGUCUAUGGUGCGAUUCUAUGCCAUUAUUCCAUGCACACCCCGCCCAUGUCUAAUAGCGAAUGCGAUUUGGAGAUGUCGCAAAACACUAUUACCCUCUCUCGUACACGCCGCUUCCCCCCACUCUCGCUCCCGUCUUGUCGAUAUGUACAGACGAUCGCUCCCAGUGAGGCAUCGUCGCCUAUCCCGCUCGGUGGUGGUGAACCGCUUAGGUCUGAGGCAUUUUGUUAGCAAGGCGGGGUCGUUGACUCUGCCGGACCUCCGAAGCAAAACACUUACGAACUUGGCCAUGAGGGCAACCAUCAGGUCGAAAAGACCAAUGGCCUCGACGAAAGCGAAACCGAGAAUGGCAUAGGAGAAGAGCUGGCCACGGAGGGCGGGGUUGCGGGCAACACCGUUGAGGAGGGCAGCGAAGACGAGACCGAUACCGAUACCAGCACCGGUGAGACCAAUGGCGGCAGUACCCAUACCCAAGUUCUUGGAGACCUCGACCAUGGCCUGGGCGAUCUCAGAAGAGUAGGCACGCUUCUGGGUGAUCUGGCGGGUGGCAGUGAUGAUGGAGGACAUCUGCUGGCGCUUGACGGCCUGGAGGGGGGUGGCCUUGGUACCGGCUGCACACACGAAGAAAAAAAGAUUGUCAGACCGAACGAACGAACACUCUCUCGGAUGGUUUCAUGGUGGUUUUGUUUUUGGGACGAUGGGCGACUUCUUGAAUAAUUCGCUCGUCUCUUUUUUGUUUUUUUUGUGUGGCAUGAGGUUUUGAGAUUUUGUUCGACUCUACUCACCAGUGAAAGCGCGGGCAGGGACGCGGACGGCAGGGCGGGCGACCUUGGUGGCCAUCUGAGAGGCCAGUCUCGAGGCGAGAACACGGGUGGAGGCCAUUGUGUCUGAUGAGAAGGGGGUAUGCAGAGGUGAUGCAAAAGACGGGGAUCGAGAAGAUGCUCUUUGGAGGUGAGGCUCGACUGCUGAGUGGGAGAGGGAAAAAGAGGAGGGAAGGGAAAAGUGCGAGGAAGAACAAGUGGUCAGCUGGGGAAAGCGGAACCUCGGGCUGGUCCGGGCAACGGGCUCGAGCAUCGAUGAUGGGCGACGUGAGUGGUCAAUUCGAGGGAAAUCGCUCCACCGAGAGCUCUGAAAGUGGGUCAGAAGUUGGAAUUCCCAGGUCUGCGAGGAGAGCCAGAGGGAAAAUUUUGCUGUGCGGCACUUGCCCAGCAGCUGCACCACUUUUCCAGGGGACGAGAGGGAAUUCCGCCGGGCAAAGCCGGAUUCUACAAGAGGUUUACGGAGGGACGAACAGCAGCAGCAGCACCAGCACCAGCAACCAGGAGCACAGCUCGAGCAAAGCAACAAGCUCGGCGACGGAGGGGGCAUGAUUCAUGGAUCCGGCAGCUUUCUACGGAGCACGGGAGCCAUCGACGAACCUCUUGGGAAGCUGGGUCCUUGGACCUGGACAAGGCAGCACAAGCUUGGUCUUGUUCGAACCCAACGAAGCUCUCGGUUUUUGUGUCACUGAAAAUUUUCAGCUUGGGGUUUGAUGUCUGAGGUUGGCGCGGCUCCUGUUUUCUGACCAGGGUCUAUCGCAAGCCCCCACGAGGCCCCCACUUAGCGGCGAUUUCCUGCAACCUCACUUGUUGAGGGCCGGUAGCCGUCCACUUUAACUCCACCACCAGAACCAGGGCCAGGCAUGACGACAGGAUGUGAAAAAUGCCUCUUUUUUCGAACUGAGGGGCAUUUGAAGCUCCAGGAAGCUUGGGAAGCUUUCAACCAUCGGGCUCAACUGGUAGGAACUGGUUUUGACUCUGAUUGUCAAUUUCUGAAUGGAACUCACCAAAAUGUCAAUUCUCGAAUCUUCCCAACGGGAUCAGACUCCGACAAACACCGCUGUUGCCGCAAAUGUUGUGUAACGGAUGAGCGCGGCAGUGUUGGCAAAAGGGGGAGGGUCGGAAGCUUCGCUGGUUGGUCGAACCACAAAACUUUUGACCCGGAUCGAACCUUGAAAGCUUCCAACGAUCUGCUCGGUAAGGCAGCAUGACGGAAUGGAGGGAAAAAGGUGAGUCGGCGGUGAAACAUGAUAGGCUUUGCCGAAUUGGUUGGGUAAAUACCGAAUCGGGCUACCCGGGUGGCCGGAACGCUGCCGGGUUAAAUAUGUUUAUGAUGAUUGUGUUGCACAUGAGCCGAAACUGGUGGUGAUAAUGAGAGGCAGUCUGUGAUUGUUGAGACUGGGAGUGACGAGGGUAUUUAUAUCUGGCCGGUGUAAUUUGAGAGUGACGCAUUGUUGUCGGCGCCACAUUGUGAGAUUUGGUGGUGGUGUAGGCCGGGAGAUACCGGGAUGUCUGAGGUGGCUGAAGAGGUCGCGGUUGGUACUUCACCGAGGACCGAGAUGUCUUGUAAUUAAAGACUUAUCGAGGACUGAAGCUGUGGAUGGAGAUCUUGAGCUUUAUGGUCUAUAAUCAGACGAAAUGGUGAGUUCGAAGCUGCG